AUGGUGGACGGGGAGCAAGUCAGACCGCUAGCCCCUGCCGCUAUCCACCCAAGCAGCGACGCCGAUGAGGCUGCUUUUCACUUGAAAAAAGUUAGACGAAGAAAGUUCAUCAAGUGCUGCGGCUGCAUAACAGCUGUGAUCUUAAUCCAAGCCGUUGUGAUCAUAAUAUUAGCUUUCACUGUGUUCCGUGUGAAGGAGCCAAAGAUCAAGAUGAAUAAGAUCACGAUUACAAGGCUGGAGUUGAUCAACAACAACACAGCCCCUAAGCCAGGCUCAAACCUGUCACUAAUAGCCGAUGUGUCGGUGAAAAAUCCCAACUUCGCCUCGUUCAAGUAUACCAACACCACCACGACCUUGUAUUAUCACGGCGUGGUGGUGGGGGAGGCUCAUGGCGCACCUGGUCAUGCUAAGGCUCGACGGACCAUGAGGAUGAAUAUCACGGUUGAUAUGAUCACAGACCGGCUCACGUCCGACCCCAACUUGAGGGCGGAUUUCAAUUCUGGGUUGAUGACCAUGAGUAGCUAUUCUAGAAUUCCAGGAAGGGUGAAGAUGUUGAAUAUUAUCAAGAAACAUGUGAUUGUGAAAAUGAAUUGUACUAUGACUGUUAAUAUUUCCAGCCAGGCAAUUCAAGAACAAAAAUGUAAGAGGAAGGUUAAGCUCUAG